CGGGUACUGCAGCACAGCCAACCUAUGAGGCCAAAGACACCAAUAUGGCGGAGGCUUCCUUUGGGAGUUCGAGCCCUGUUGGCUCUUUGUCCUCAGAGGAUCAUGACUUUGAUCCAACAGCUGAGAUGUUAAUUCAUGAGUAUGACGAUGAGAGAACUUUGGAGGAGGAAGAGCUUUUGGAGGGAGAGAAGAAUUUCAGUGCUGAAUUGUCAGACCUGGAGAGGGAGGGGAAUAUGCCGAUCGAGGAGUUGUUGGCUAUGUAUCGUUAUGAGGCGCCAGUCAGUACAGGGGCGGGAUCUAGCAUGGACAGUUCCUCUGUUGAACUAGCUGAUGAUCUGCCUGACAUGACCCUGGAUAAGGAGGAGAUCGCGAAAGAUCUCUUGUCAGGAGAUUAUGAGGAGGAGACCCAGUCCUCUGCUGAUGACCUGACCCCUUCUGUUACCUCCCACGAGGCCACAGACUUUUUCCCUAGAACACUCAGAUCCAGAGCAAUAUAUGAUGGUGAUAAAGAAUCUGAGGGGGAGGAGGAUGGUGUAAGCAGUGAAGAUUCUAAAAAGGAAAUAAUGGUCGGAUCUCAGUAUCAAGCAGAAGUUCCAAUGGGGCUCAGCCAUUAUAAUGAUGAUGAAAAAGUGUACGAGGAGGAAGAUCAGCUGCUGUGGUGUCCUGAUGUGCUGUCAGAGUGUAAAGUGAAAGACUACCUCAGAGAAGCGCUGUCACAGUCUACAGAUGACAGCACAGAGAAUUCCACAUUUGAACACAUACGAGAUAACGAACAGGCCUUGUUGGAGCUUUUGAAAUGUAAUUACGACACCUGUGAGGCACUGACGCGAUACCGCAGUAAUGUGAAGACUUCGAAAGAAGAAUCCCCACCGUGGUUAGAGGAUGAAUGUAGGAACUUUGAACAUGCGCUGCAGAUUUAUGAGAAAAACUUUCAUCUUAUUCAGAAACACAAGGCAACAAGGGUUUUUUUUGUCAUACAUCCCUGUUUUUUCCUCAAACAUAUCACAAAAUUGCUUUCUUUACCCCUACUUGAUCUUGCAGCCAUUAGUAACAGCGUAGCAACUGUGUGCAAUGGUCCAGGAGACAUGAGCUGUUUAGACUCCCCGUACUUCCCCCCUCUGGAGAGUUUACACAGAGGAGCCCUGAACCAUGAUGAUCAGCUCAGCUACACCACAAACGGAGACAGCGGCUGCCUCAACAUGCUGGAUUCCGGCUUCUAUCGCUCAGACCUGAGCCAGAUCAGCAUGUGCAGCACCAAAGACCGCGAACGGCCCUCUAAGAGGCUCAAGAUGGGCCUUUCGGAGCCCUUCAUUAACGACGUGUCUGUUACUAACCUGGGUGUGGAUUUCGAGGGCAGACGCACACAUCGCAUUACAGGGGCCACAAUGGCGGUGUCAGUCACAGACUUCAGCAGCAUAGGGAGCGGUGAAGCCAAUGGUUUUCUCGGUUCUCAUUCACGACACCACCAACACACUGCACUUCAGUCCGACUGACUCCCUUCUGCCAUCCAGACACACAUUCAUCUGCUCACUGAAUAUUAGUUCUUU